CUUUGGCUGGAAUACUGCGAAGAAAAUUCCAUCAGUACCAUCAAGUUUUUUGUAAUGAAGAAUCUAAGACUAAUAGAUCGAGCUUGGUGGAUGUUUUGGAUUUUAACGGCAAUAAUUCUAAGUGUGUUUAGCGCGAUAUCCACCUACAUCAAAUGGAUCGAUAAUCCGGUUUACAUUAGCUACGAGCCUCAUCUGAUAUCAGUACGGGAGGUGCCAUUCCCAGCAAUAACCUUCUGUACCACGGUUCAAAAUCGUAAGGAACUUCUUAACCUCACUGACGCUGCCAGGAGAUUUCGUCAGAAUGUUGUUCUUGAAGAUUCGGAGUAUAUUAAUAUCAGAGCACUUGCCCACGUCUGUCCGUAUGUUCCCGGUUGGAUUUCAUUUCACGAAAAAUUAUCAGUACCAACAGUUGAUAUUUUAAAAAAGCUUGCAGUAGAUGCAGAUUUCCUACUAGCCAGUUGGACGUGGGAAGAUGAAUAUCAAAUGUCAAUAAAUUUAUGGUCCGAAACAAUAACUGAUAGUGGAGUUUGCUUCACAUUCAAUGCAAUGGCAGCAGGAAAUUUGUAUCGUUUGGAAAACUUGCACAAAGACUUUUCCUAUUCUGGUGCUUCUGGAGAAUCAAAUGAUUGGUUUCGGGAAUCCGGUUAUCGCAGCGGCUCAAAUUUGGAUGCAAACCCCAGGCGGGCAUUGGGCCCAGGAAUAUCAUUUGGGCUUCGGCUUACACUUGCCACAUUUGUGGAAGAUGAUGAUCUAUUUUGUAACGGUCCGAGUAAUGGGUAUAAAAUACUUGUUCAUCCACCAGACGAAGUACCGACGUUGGAUCACUCCCAUUACCGUUUGGGCUUGGGCGAUACCAUGACCCUGACGAUUAAGCCACAAACGACAACUACAUCAUCAGCACUGCGAUCGCAGUCUGUACAACAACUUAAUGUCAGCAGUCAGCACCUCAUCAUACGUGAUAUUCCACAGAAUAGGGCCCAAUAUCGACCCUUGCGGUACUCCAGCUGUAACAUCCAUUUCCUGAAAUCCUUCGUUCAUCAUGUAUAGUAGCUUGCGGUUCUGAAAAUAGUUUUCCAUUAAUUUGCAGAAAUAUUUCGGUAUGCUCAUUUUUAUAAGCGGAGAAGCCAGCCCAGCUGGCACUAUUAAAGGCGUUGCGCACGUCCAAUGUUACUACCUCCCGCGCAAAAACGGCUCCCUCUUCUCUUUUUGAGUCUUGCUUUAUCAGCCGUUUCGAUGACAGUCUCAGGUCGGCCAGGAGGAGGAAUUCAAACCAACAAUUGGAAGGUUCAGUGCGCACCAGCUGAUCAACAAAAACGGCCUCCGACUUAUUGAUUUCGCCGCCUCCAAACAAAUGACCGUACGUAUGAACCUUUUUACAGCACCGCCUCCCACACAAGUACACCUAGCGAUCACCGUAUCAAACGCAAUCACAGAUCGACCACGUUUUGAUUGACAGCCGGCACUUCUCGGACAUCAUCGACGUCAGAUCCUGUCGAGUUAGACCACUAUCUGGUGAUGGUGAACAUGCGCCCAAAACUCUCCGUAGUGAACAACACACGAAACCGGAGCCCGCCUCGGUUAAAUAUCGCGCGUCUGAAGCAACCUGAGGUCGCGGCAGACUACGCGCAAUCGGUCGAAGCAGCGCUGUCGGCAGAGGGCGAGCUUGACGAAGCCCCUCUCGAGGACUGUUGGGAUACCAUUAAGACAGCCAUCAACAGUGCUGCGGAGAACGUCAUCGGUUAUGUGGAGCGAACUCGACGGAACGACUGGUUCGACGAGGACCCAGACAACCAUUUGGUGGGUAUAUCAAAUUUGCAACACAAAUAUACGUGCAAAUAUACGUGUUAACAUAUCGUAUAUAAUGCAGCAAAACCAGUAUAUACGUAUCUUUUUGGAGGCCAUAUAGAUACAUUAGCACACAUAUUCUUGAUUUGGAUUGUUUUGUCCUAAUAAAAUCAUGCAAUGUAUUUAAAUACGAUGAAGAAUGUGCAUGGGACUCACAUUGUAGGUGCAUAUAUACGAAUUGUCGUAAUAAAAACAUGCAAUGCAUUUGAAUACGAUAAAAGGUAAGGAUAGGCCGCACAUUGUAGGUGCAUAUAUACGAAAAUGAGUUUAAAUAACAUUCAAACGAUAUAAUCUGUAAAAUAAUAUACGACUUCUGGUUGCCUGGGGAGUGUAGGAGGGUUAUGGACGAAGAGAAUGCCGCGCGGGCGGCAGUAGUGCAAAGAGGCACCCGUCAAAAUGUGAAAAAUCACCGACAGUGGAAGAGGCAGCGAGUCAGACUUUUCCAGGAGAAAAAGCGCCGCCUGGAGGAGGAGGAGCUCGAGGAGCUGGAGCAGCUGCAUCGUUCCCAAGAAACACGAAAGUUCUAUCAGAAACUCAACGCAUCCCGCAGGCCGCAAAGGCUUCGUGCCGCAAGCCGAAAUGUGCCGGGAUAAGGACGGGGGUAUCCUGACGGACAAUCGUGAGGUGAUCAAAAGGUGGAACACCUGAACGGUGCACAUGCAGGAGAUCAAGACGGUGGGGGAAGGUACAUCGCCGGCGUAGGCAACGACGUAGAGGAGCCACUCCCAACGAUGAGUGAGGUUAAGGAAGCCAUUCGCCAGCUGAAUAGAAACAAGUCGGCUGGGAAGGAUGGCAUCGCAGCUGAACUCAUCAAAAUGGGCCAGGACAAGUUGGCCGAUUGCCUACACCGGUUGAUUGUCCGGAUCUGGGACAUAGAACAGCUACCGGAGGAGUGGAAGGAGGGGGUAAUAUGCCCCAUCUACAAGAAGGGCGACAAAUUGGACUGUGAGAACUACCGAACGAUCACUGUCCUCAAUGCCGCCUACAAAGUGUUGUCCCGAAUCCUACUCCACCGCCUAACGCCACAAGCAAACAGAUUCGUGGGAAGUCAUCAGGCUGGCUUCAUGAAGGGACGGUCAACGACGGACCAUAUAUUCACAUUACGACAAAUCCUCCAAAAAUGCCGGGAACAUCAAGUCCCUACGCACCAUCUAUUCAUCGACUUCAAAGCCGCAUACGACACGAUUGACCGUAACGAGCUAUGGAAAAUCAUGGACGAGAACGGCUUUUCCGGGAAGUGAUCAGACUGAUCAAGGCGACGAUGGAUGGAACGCAGUGCUGUGUGCGGAUUUCGGGUGAAUUGUCAAGUUCAUUCGAAUCGCGCAGGGGGUUUCGACAAGGUGAUGGUCUAUCCUGCAUGAUGUUCAACGUGGCGCUAGAAUUGGCGAUUUUCAACAGAUCCAGUCAACUUAUCUGCUUUGCCGAUGACAUUGAUAUAGUCGGCAGAUCAUCUGCGGCGGUGGAGGAGAUCUACCGCAAACUGAAACGCGAAGCAGAAAGGAUUGGGUUGAUG